AUGAGUAAAACAGACCUCGAUGUCGGCACCAACGUGUCCCAUGGUGAUGACCUCGAAGCUUCUUGGAGUCGACACCAGGACCAUGAGGGCGACUUCGUUACGCAACUCGAAAACAACAGCCUCGCUCGAGGUCUGCGCCAACGCCAUAUUCAGAUGAUUGCCAUCGCUGGAGCCAUUGGAACGGGACUCUUCCUUGGACUUGGUGGCUCAAUCCAGACUGGCGGUCCCCUGGGUGCACUCCUGGGCUACGCGACUGUUGGACUCAUUGUGUGCGCAGUGCAAUUCGCGCUGGGAGAAGUCGCCGCGCUGUUGCCGGUAACGGGUUCCUUUGUCAGACAUGCCGAGUUCCUCGUUGACCCUGCGUUCGGCUUCGCAAUCGGAUUGAACAUUGUAUACGGCAAUCUGCUUUCGGUACCCGCAGAGAUCUCGGCUAUUUGUGUCCUCUUUCAGUAUUGGACUGAUCUGAACCCUGCAGUAUGGAUCUGCAUAUUCAUUGUCAUCACCUUUGUGGUUGGCAUUUCAUUUGUGGGGAUCUAUGGAGAAAUCGAGUUCUUCUUCGCUUGUUUGAAGAUCCUCCUUGUUGUCUUCCUGAUCAUCUUUGGUCUGGUCAUCGAUCUUGGUGGUAUUCCAGGACAGGAACGGAUUGGCUUCAGGUACUGGAAGCAGCCAGGUCCAUUCGUUGAAUUUGUCACUACGGGGCCAUGGGGCCAAUUCCUUGGAUAUUGGGCCGUCAUGACGAAUGCCGUCUUCAGCUUCGCGGGCGUUGAGAGUCUAGCAAUGGCUGCUGCUGAAACGCAGAACCCGCGCCGAAACAUCCCAAAGGCCUGUAAGAAGGUCUUCGCCCGUGUCUUGAUUUUCUACAUUCUAGCAGUUCUUAUCGUUGGUAUGAUUGUGGCCUCUGACGACCCCCGCCUGAAUGACCAGUCUGGCGACGCAACACAGAGUCCCUUCGUAAUCGUCGCUUCAGCCGCUGGCAUCAAAGCAAUUCCCUCAGUCGUCAACGCUGUUGUGAUUACCUCUGCCUGGUCUUCGUCCAACCAAGCUCUUCUCUCCGGUACCCGUGUUCUCUACGGUCUCGCCAUCAAAGGACAGGCGCCCAAGAUUUUCCUCCGCACAUCUGCCUGGGGCGUGCCAUACGUAUGCGUAUGCUUCAACACAUGCUUCAUGUUCCUCGCCUUCAUGGCCCUCUCGAGCAACGCUAUGACAGUCUUCUGGUGGCUCGUUGAUCUUACAGCUGCUGGUGUCCUCGUAUCCUGGUCCUCGAUCUUGUUCAACCACAUCCGUCUUACCCAAGCAAUGAAGAAACAAGGCAUAUCGCGCACCGAGUUACCAUUCUACAAUAGCUGGACCCCGUAUUCGUCGCCGGUCGCGCUGUUCAUGUGCUUGACCAUCCUACUUACUGGUGGCUUUUCGGUGUUCACGAAAGGUGGAUGGUCAACAAGCAGUUUCGUGUCAUCGUAUUUGGACAUUCCACUUGUAAUUGCUGCCUUCUUGCUGUGGAAAUUCAUCAAGGGGACAAAGUUUGUGGAUCUGACUGAAGUGCCGAUCAGAGCUGCACUUGAGCAGGUUGCAUUGAAUCCUGAACCCUUGGAGCCAAAGUCUACAGGGUGGAGAAAGGCCGUCAACUUCUUGUGGGACUGA